CAACCCUGCAGUCGAAAAUAACGGCGCGAAUUGGCAUCGGCGUCGCUUGUGAAUAUCAAAAUCCAAACAUCCAAUUAAAGACGCAGGAGUGAUCUAAGAUCUACGGAACACGACCACUUUACGUCAUGGAAUCCCGUUUGCCAAAGCCAACGUUGACAGCAAAGCGGCCAGUCCUGCCACCAGUAAGAACGGUGCUGCCCACGGAUCGCAUUCGAGCUGGAGGAGGAGGACCGGGAGCAGCUAGCGGCCCCAGUGCCAACCAGACCUACUGCGGGAACUUGCUGCCGCCGCUGACCCGCGACCUGAACAAUUUGCCCCAAGUGCUGCAGCAACGAGGAGCUCGAGCUGCCUCACCGGAACCCGCCAAAAUGAACAAUCGAGCCAAGCUGCGACGCAGUCGAUCCGCUUGUGACAUCAACGAAAUGCGGCAGAAUAUGAAGCGCGCAGCCCUACCGCCCACACUGCCCAGCAUACCCAGCAAAGUCUCACGUCUGGCCAGCGGUCCUAUUACCGCACCCAGUCAGCGAUUAGGACGUCCGGCGGCUGGAUCCGGCACCGCUGUGACAGCUGCCAAGCGACCAGCUCCGACAAGGCCUGCUCCUAGUGCUGCUGCUAGACCAGUCGCUGCUUCAACCGCUGCCAAAACCAAACCGAAAGCUGCAGGAGCAGGCGCUGGAGCAGCAAAAACCAGUGGAGCCGGGGGAGGAGCUGGUGCUGCUCCCAAACGCAUAGCACCGUACGACUUCAAGGCUCGCUUCCACGAUCUCCUCGACAAGCACAAGGUCCUCAAAACCAAAUACGAGAAGCAAAUAGAGGACAUGGGCGAGCUGGAAUCAUUGCCCACGCAACUGGAGGAAACGCAAACCAAGCUAAUUGAGACCGAGUCCGCGCUGAAGAACGCACAGACGGAUAACGAGUGUCUCCAGAGGCAGGUGAAGCAGCAUACGAAGAAUAUUGAGACCAUAACCACAACACUGGGAAGGACCAAGGAGGAGCUUUCCGAACUGCAGGCCAUACAUGAGAAAAUCAAAGCUGAGCACACUGCUCUUAGCAAGGAGGUGGUGCAUCUACGGCAGCUCACUGACGAACUCCAGCGCAGCAAUGACCAGCAGGCCGCCGAACUGGAGACCUGCAAGGAGCAGCUCUUCGCAUCGAAUAUGGAGCGCAAGGAGCUGCACAACACGGUCAUGGAUCUGCGUGGAAAUAUUCGCGUCUUUUGCCGAAUUCGACCGCCUUUGGACUGUGAGGAGAACAGGAUGUGCUGCACCUGGACCUACCAUGAUGAGGCCACUGUUGAGCUGCAGAGCAUCGAUGCCCAGGCAAAGAACAAGAUGGGCCAGCAGAUAUUCUCGUUCGACCAGGUCUUUCAUCCUAAAUCCUCGCAAACGGACAUUUUCGAGAUGGUAUCACCGCUCAUCCAAUCUGCACUCGAUGGCUACAACAUAUGCAUCUUCGCGUAUGGCCAAACGGGCAGCGGCAAGACGUACACGAUGGACGGAGUGGAGGAUAGCGUAGGCGUCAUUCCGCGCACCGUCGAUCUGCUCUUUGACUCCAUCCGGGGCUAUCGCAAUUUGGGAUGGGAGUAUGAGAUCAAGGCCACCUUCCUGGAGAUAUACAACGAGGUGCUCUACGAUCUGUUGAGCAACGAGCAGAAGGACAUGGAGAUACGAAUGGCCAAGAACAACAAGAACGAUAUCUAUGUGUCGAAUAUCACGGAGGAGACUGUCGUAGAUCCCAAUCAUUUGCGACAACUAAUGCACACGGCCAAGAUGAACCGAGCCACCGCCUCCACGGCUGGCAACGAGCGGUCCUCCCGCUCUCAUGCAGUCACAAAGCUGGCAUUGAUUGGCAGACAUGCCGAUAAGCAGGAGAUGUCGGUUGGAUCUAUCAAUCUGGUGGACUUGGCCGGCUCGGAAUCACCCAAGACCAGUACACGGAUGACCGAGACCAAGAAUAUCAAUCGUUCGCUCUCCGAGCUGACCAACGUGAUUCUGGCGCUGCUCCAAAAGCAGGAUCACAUUCCCUAUCGGAAUUCCAAGCUGACGCAUCUCCUGAUGCCCUCGCUGGGCGGCAACUCGAAGACCCUUAUGUUCAUCAAUGUCUCACCGUUCCAGGACUGCUUCCAAGAGUCUGUCAAGUCGCUGCGCUUCGCCGCUUCCGUCAACUCCUGCAAGAUGGCCAAGGCGAAGCGAAACCGCUACUUGAACAACUCGUCGGCGGUCAACACCAGCAACAGCAUCAACAAUAGCCAGAGCGGCAGUUUCGAAAAACAAUAAUAAAAUAACUCUACCUUAAGCUUUUUUCAAAGUUUCAACUUGUAAUUUUUACGAUCUUGAUUUUGUAUCCCUUCGUUAUCGCUUAAUUUAUGUAUGUUUUUACUUUUAGUUCAAAAUUAAGAAUAAAAUAAAGUGCCCACACA